UCUCCUGCCUUCCUGACGCUGCGCGAAGCCUUCCAUACAGAUGAGCGCUGGAAGCGACGCACCUCCUGACGUAGCCGCAGACCGGCUGCGGUGCCGCUUCGGUCUCCGUGGAUCGGAUUGCGCAACGUGACUGAUGCUCCCGCGCCUUCGCGGCUGACACAUCCAGGCAGAUUUUUUUGUUUUUAAUUUUUUUUUUACUUUCAUUUUUAUCAUUUCUGCCUAACGAACGCGGCAGAAGAGGCGUCGAGCCGGACCGGGACCCCUCCCUCCCUCCCCCUCGUCUCCGGGACAGAUGAGCGGCGCGCCGCGGCGGGAUGCUGCGGUCGUGAUGUGACUGUGAGCGCCGCUGAUCGGCUCCAGAGGUGGAGGACAGUUAAAAAGAAAAGGCGGUGAUGCAGAUCGGAGGAACGGAGUUGACGUGUCGCCCCUCAGCUCGGAGCCUCGGGGCUCUGGUGUGAACUCGGCGAGACCGGGAGCAGCGGGGAGCUCCGCGGUGAAGGCCGGCCUCUGCAGCCGGCUUGCCUGAGCGCGUCCCCCCGCAGCGCCUGCGUGCCGCCAGCGAAUUCUCCACCAAAAAAAGGAAGAAUACAUUUUAAAAGAAAAAUCCUCACCUCCUGUUGUAUGUAAAGCGCCCUGUCUUCACAGCGAACAGAUGGACUGAAUCCAUCGAUGCUGGAGAGGCGCACCGCCCCGGAAAGGACUUCCUGUGCGUAAGAGCUGGAUAUGUAAAGAUUAACAGGAUGGAUCUAAUUUUCGCCGUUUUGGGGCUGCUGGCGCUGCUCGUGGACAGCAUCCGCUGCCAGGGAGUGUACGCGCCUCCAACUGUGCGCAUCAUCCACUCAGGAAACGCCUGUAACGUGGAGGAAGAGAGGCACACAGAGAGAGUGUACACCAUCAGGGAAGGAGAGACCCUGGAGCUCACCUGUUUGGUGACGGGCCACCCUCGACCACAGAUCCGGUGGACAAAAACAGCAGGCAGUGUGUCGGACCGCUUCCAGGACUCCAGCGUGUUUAAUGAGACACUACACAUCCAAAAAAUCCAGAGGACCCAAGGGGGGCGCUACUAUUGCAAGGCGGAGAACGGCCUCGGUUCUCCUGCCAUCAAGUCCAUCCGGGUGGACGUCUACUAUCUCGACGACCCAGUGGUGACGGUACAUCAGAGCAUCGGAGAGGCCAAGGAGCAGUUCUACUACGAAAGGACUGUAUUCCUGCGAUGCGUGGCGAACUCCAACCCGCCCGUCCGCUACAGCUGGCACCGCGGACGCGAGGUCCUGACCCAAGGCUCGGAUAAAGGAGUGGAAAUCUACGAGCCGUUUUUCACACAGCAGGGGGAAACGAAGAUCCUGAAGCUGAAGAACCUGCGUCCUCAAGACUAUGCCAACUACAGCUGCAUCGCUUCUGUCAGGAACGUGUGCGGGAUCCCCGACCGCAGUGUCGUCUUCAAGCUCACCAACAAAACAGCCUCGCCGUCCAUUAAGCUGCUGGUGGAAGACCCCAUCGUGGUGAAUCCGGGUCAAACGGUCUCCUUGGUGUGCAUCAACACGGGAGGUGAGCCGCCACCCAUCCUCACCUGGGUGAGCACCAACGACAGCCUGCCCCAGAGAAGCGUGGUGAACGGUGGCACGCUCACGCUGCCCUCCAUCACCUCUGACGAGGCUGGCAUCUACAGCUGCGUGGCCAGCAACAACGUGGGAAACCCGGCCAAAAAAUCGACCACCAUCGUGGUGAGAGCUCUAAAUAGAGGUCGGUUUUGGAUCACUCCUGAUCCCUACCACAACGACGACAACAUUCAGAUUGGCCGUGAGGUCAAGAUAUCGUGCCAGGUGGAGGCGACGCCACCCGAGGAGCUGACAUUCAGCUGGUUGAAGAACGGCCGCGCCCUGCGGAGCUCCGAGCGAAUGGUUAUCACCCAGACGGACCCCGAUAUUUCUCCCGGAACCACCAACCUGGACAUCAUCGACCUCAAGUUCACAGACUUCGGCACGUACACGUGCGUGGCGGCGCUGAAGGGGGGCGGCAUUCCCGAUUUUAGCAUUGACGUCAACAUCUCCUCCACAACAGUCCCUCCUCUGUUUUUCUCUUUCUUAGUUCCCCCAAACUUGACGGUCCCCCGGGGCAAGUCCCCCCUGGUGGCCCGCGAGGGUGACACUGUGGAGCUGGAGUGCCUUGUUUCAGGGAAGCCCAAGCCCAUCAUCCUGUGGUCCCGAGCGGACAAGGAGGCGCCCAUGCCGGACGGCAGCAUGCAGAUGGAGAGCUUGGACGGCGUGCUGCGGAUCGUGAAUGUGUCCAGGGAUAUGACAGGCUCGUACCGCUGCCAGACCAGCCAGUACAAUGGCUUCAACGUGAAGCCUCGGGAGGCCAUGGUGGAGCUGAUCGUGCAGUACCCUCCGACGGUGGAACCAGUUUUCAUGGAGAUGCGUCAGGGCCUGGGCCGGCCGGUUGUGAUGACCUGCAGGGUCCUGCGAGCUCACCCAUCCCGAGUGCUGCGCUUCGAAUGGCUUCUCUCGAACCGGCUACUGCAUGCUGGAGCCUUCGAUGCCCAAAAAGAUGAGACGGAGUACACUAUUCGGAGCCUGAACAAAGAGGGCUGGGGCGAGUACACCUGUAACAUAAUCAAUGAGGCUGGAGCAGGAAAAUGCACCUUCCAGGUCACAGGUAAAGCCUACCCUCCAGAGUUCUACUAUGACACCUACAGUCCUCUGUGGCAGAACCGGCCCAGAGUCUACGGCUUCAAGUUGCAGUGGACGCAGAUGAACCCCAGCGCCGUGGACCGCAUCAUCGCCUACAGACUGGGAAUAAGACAGAUGGGGCAGCAGCGCUGGUGGGAAACUGAAAUCCCAGUGAACGCAACCCCCAACAAAGGAGAGUUGAUGACUCACAACCUGACCGAGCUCAUCAAACCUGAAUCGUAUGAAGUCCGCCUCACGCCCAUCACGCGCUUCGGAGAGGGCGACUCAGCCAUACGGAUCAUCACCUACAGCCCUCCCAUCAACCCUCACCUGAGGGAGUUCCACUGCAGCUUUGAGGAGGAGGCCAUCUGCAUGUUCAUCCAGGACAAGAACGACGACUUUGACUGGACGCAACACAGCGCCGCCACGCGCGACACCAAGUACACGCCCAACACCGGCCCCAGCGCCGACCGCACCGGCUCCAAGCAGGGCUUCUACAUGUACAUCGAGACAUCGCGGCCACGUAAAGAGGGGGACCAGGCGCGCCUCAUCAGUCCUUUCUUUAAUGUAGCUCCCAAAAACCCUUACGGCAUCACCAACCCGCCUGCCUACUGCUUCAGCUUCUUCUACCACAUGUAUGGAAAACACAUAGGAACACUGAAUGCGUUCCUCAAGCAGAAGGGACUAACGGCCUCCGAGGCUCCUGUGUGGUCACUGACUGGUAACCAAGGCGACCGGUGGAGGCAGGCCAAAGUGAGCAUCCAUCCAACAUCAUCUUUCCAGGUCAUUCUGGAAGGGAUCCGUGGUCCAGGAAUCGAGGGAGACAUAGCCAUAGACGACGUCACCCUUGAGGAAGGAGGGUGUCGAGACCCUCCACCCAACAUCAGUGCCAAGGCGCAGUCCCCCUCCAUCCAUAUAUGGCUGCUGUGGGUCGCCCUGGCGCUGAGCCUCCUCCCGGGUCAGAGGUGACGCGGCUCCUGGCAAUCUCAGAGGCGAAUGUUCGGACCCGCUGUCUGUGAGCUCCACCCUCGGCAUCCAAUCACCAAAGAUUCAUGCAUCCUGAAAGCAGCAGGGUCCCUGAUGGAUCGCAGACCACGGAGACGAGAUGGAGGGACUUUCUAAAGGACAACAGAAAAGUAAUAAACAAGAUAAUUGACUUUUUUUUUUUCUCUUCUGGAAGAACGAAGCCCCUCCGUGCAGGACUUGAGAUGAGUUAAGGAGCACAAAGACCAGGGGCUGAGAAGGAGCCUGGACCUCUGGAGGAUUUUGUAAAGCACAAGAAUCACCUGUGAAGCUGUGGAAACGUCCUACGGAUGGCGGUGGACCACAGUCAAAUUUUAGGAAUAAAGGUCCCCUCCUCAGUCCGUCUUUUUUCAUUUCGUUUCACCAGAUCUCACCUGUUUUUCCCUUCAGCUCAGCCUCACCUCUCAUCUCGGCAUUACUUUGUCUGCUUGGUGCUGUUCUGUAGAUAAACACGGACUGCGGAAGCGUUUAGUUCCCUCUGCUUACCCCCCGCCCCCUGUAGCUGCCUAUUUUUGAACACUGUGCUCACGAGUCCACGUGGCCAGGGACGGCAUGGUGGCAGAAAGUGGAAAGGAUGGGGAGAGGAGCACAGGAAGGUCUUCUUAGCAAAUUAGUGGAGCCUGACUCAAACAUCGGGUCACCGUUCUGCCUGUGGAGCAGAAGCCACUUUACUUUCUGCCAUGAAACAAAGUGCCUUCAAAGAUAACCGUGAGCCGGGCUGUGGACCAACAUCCAACACAUUGCUUUUCAUGUUUCCUCCAAUGGGCUAUUUUCUACCUUUUAUUUGAUUUUAUUUGAUUUUUUCCUCCCCACAAGUGCUGAUGGGAAAGCGAUCUAUCAGAAGGAGGAAGAAGUGUUGGGCAGGAGGUGCUGCUGGACCCUUAGCUAGGUCGGGAAGCAUUAACAAAACAGAAAAAAGGAAAACUAGAGGCUGGGGGCUCUUUUGCUUUCACUAAAGAGGACUAACAGGCAAACUUCACAGAACAAACGCCCUCUUCUGUCAUCUCUGGCCUGCAGGCAAGCGUUUCCAAACGCUGUCGAGGAACUCCUCUUCUGGGUGGAGCCCCUCACCAAAACCCCCAUUUAUAUGGAACAACUCUGACAAAAAAGCUCAUAACAAUAGUCCUAAUAUUUUAUUACUCUAGCGAGAAUGUUUCUCUGCUUUUACACGAACUGUAAAGACUGUGGGAUCUAGAGACGUUAACCGGCGCGGUUUUUAAAAAAAAAUGUAUUGUACAAAAGAACAAAAGAGAUCAAAAGAAUAUGAAUAAUUCUGUUCAUUGUUGGUUUUUGACAAUGUUUUAGGACUUGUGUCUUUCUUUUUCUUUCAAAGAUGACUUUUUUUCUCUUUCCGUCGUCUCCCUCUGCAUCGCUAAAAUAUCAAAGCCGAUGGAAGCAUAAGAAGUAAACCAGUUUGGUAAAUGUAUAACUUGUAAAUGUUAAAGACGCUCUGUUAAAAGGUUUAUGAUCAAUGUUUUAUGUUCGGAGUCCAGGAAGCACAACAUACAAUUUAAGGUCUCGACGUAUACAAAAUUCUUUUUUUUUUAAAUAUAUAUUUCUCUGCACAUGUGCGACCUGCUCCUACAGAUUCAGACUUUCCGGCUUCACGUCGAAGCGCUGAUAAUCCGGGUCGGAGUGCCGCCGCCCACGUCGGAAGUCCUCCUGACGGGCGCGGCUCAGCACUGUAGCUUCUUCACCUAAAGCCUGGAUUAGUCUGAGGGGGUUGUAUUCAUGUGGGGACAUAAAACUGUGUACAAUAUGUGUGGUCAGAAAAUGUAAAGAUAUAAAAAAAAAAACACCCAGAGCAGAUUGAUGAGCAUUUCAGGGCAUUCUUGCAGUUCUGUUUUGGUCUGCGUGCUAUGAAGAUAUCCUCAUCACAUAUCUUAUGUCCGCUUCUCUUUUGGUUCUAUUUUUUUAUCUGUUUAUUAUGAUUUCAACUCUCAUAUCAUGCUGAAUGUAAAAGAAGUUCUUGCUCUUAAAGUCUUACUAGGUGUAAUGUUUUACCAAAUCAUCUGUUUCCUGUGUGCUUUUGAAGAUGAAAGGGGUUUCGUGCGCACGUUAAUGAGAUCACCUUUGUCUGGUUCUCGGACCGAAUUUUGACCAAAUUGACUAAAGUUUAGACAAAAUUUAAGUUAACUGAUAAUUAUACUGCUAAGAAAAGGUGCUCCGGUGUCCACAGAGUGUUGAUUUCUAACAGGUACAAGCAAAUCAGUUGUUUAAAAGCUACAACUGUUUUAUGCAUGUUUAUUUGGGUCAUGGCGCAGCUCAAAGACUUGGGUCUCUGAAUUACCUCCUCCAGUUUACUAGGUGGUACUAUAACCAUUUUUAUUGGGUCAUUUUCCAAUAAAUGUGAAAAUAUGGGUUCUAAUCCCUUCUAGGAUGCAACUUUUGUGGAGAAAACAUCUUAAAUUUGAAACUUAUAUUUUCUGUUAUCAUCUACAGUUUGUCUUAAAUUAAAAAGUUCAGUUUUUA